AUGACGCUGUUUCGACAAAACUCAGCUCUUCCAAAUUUUUUAGAUUCACAACGUGAUAGUUUCCGUUAUUUUUUAGAAACGGGAAUUCGUGAAGAACUAGAUUUUUUCUCACCAAUUGUUGGUCAAAGUUUAGGCAGUUCUUCGAAACGACCAACUGAUCGUUUUAUUUCAGUAUCUUUUCACUCAAAAGACUUUUAUUUUAAAAAACCACACUAUACACCGCAAGAAGCGGUACAAAAAUUGGGAACUUAUAAAAGUUCUUUAAUUGUUCCAGUGCAUGUCUACUCAAAGUAUUUAAAUUUAAAUGCUACUUUCCCAGUUGCAUUUUGUGAUUUACCACUAAUGACAGAACAUGGAACUUUUAUUUUAAAUGGUUCCCCACGUGUUAUUGUACACCAAAUUGUUCGUUGCCCUGGGGUCUAUUUAAAACCUCAAUUUGAUAAACAAGGAAAUCGUACGCAUUUAGUUAGUUUUUUAUCAGCUUAUGGUUCAUGGUUACGUUUUGAAACUGAUAAAAAAGGGGUCGUCUUUGCUCAUAUUGAUAAUUUGCGUAAAGUACCAGUAACAGUGUUUCUUCAAGCGUUAGGUUUCUCAAUGGAUACCAUUGUCGGAGCCUUAAAAUAUCCCGAAGCGUUGGACCCCACAUUAAAAGAAGUUGAUUGGAAACUUACUACCGAUGAAGCUAUUCUUUUAUUAAUGUCACGCUUAUUUCCGAAUCGUCCUGCGACAGUAUUACGUGGCCGUAAAUUUUUAUUUAACCAAUUUUUUAAUCCACGCCGUUAUAGUUUAAGUGAUGUUGGGCGUAAACGGGUAAAUCAAAAGUUUCGCAUGCGUUCAAAAACAAAACAUUUAACUUUAACGCCACAAGAUGCAUUAGCAGCCCUCGACUAUUUAUUACGCUGUGAAAAUGGCGAAACAGAAUUUUUAGAUGAUAUUGACCACUUAAAAAAUAGACGUGCUCGUUUAGCUGGUGAAUUAAUUCAAACACAAUUCCGUCUUGGUUUAAAUCGAUUAGAGCGGGUUAUUUAUAAUCGUAUUAGUGAUGAAAAUAUUUUACGUAAAACACCCGGUGCUUUAGGUUCAUUAAAUUCCUUAAUCCGUACUCAAGUUUUAGCAUCGGUUUUUCAAGAAUUUUUCGGUUCAAAUCAAUUGUCCCAAUUUAUGGAUCAGACAAAUCCAUUAGCGGAGAUUACUCAUAAGCGUCGUUUAAGUUCUUUAGGACCUGGUGGUUUAAAUCGUGAUCGUGCUGGUUUAAUUGUUCGUGGUAUUCACCCAAGUUAUUAUGGUCGCAUUUGUCCAAUUGAAACACCAGAAGGUAAAAAUGCCGGAUUAGUAGGUUCAAUUGCGACAUUUACACAAAUUAAUAAGAAUGGUUUUCUUGAAAGCCCUUAUUAUAAAUUAAUUUCAGAAAGUAAUACACCAGAUCGUAAUGGAUUCUUUUUAUUAAGUGCUUUUUAUGAAGAGGAUACAGUUGUAGCGCAAGGUGACGUAGACCUAUCGAACUUCCGAAUCCCAACUCGAAAUAAGAGUCAAUUUACUGAGAAUACAGUUCAAGAAAUUAAUUUUUUAGGUCUUUGUCCAAUCCAAUUUAUGUCGAUUGCAACCUCAUUAAUUCCAUUCCUUGAGCAUGACGAUGCAAACCGUGCUCUUAUGGGCUCUAAUAUGCAGCGUCAAGCCGUUUCAUUAUUGCGAUCUGAGCGACCAUUUGUAGGAACUGGUUUAGAGGCUCAUGUAACGCGUGAUAUUGGUGCAACUAUUGUUGCAAAACAAAAUAGUUAUAUUUCAUAUGUAGAUGCACAGCGUAUUGAUUAUUUUACACCGGUGAUUGGCGAUACUAAUUUAAUUGACUACCAAAAUUUAACUGCUGAAGAUGUUUUUGCAAGUAACCAAUUUAAACAUAAUACAAUUUGGUUAACGAGCUACCAGCGUUCGAACCAAGAUACUUGUUUAAAUCAUAAACCUCUUGUUGAAGCAAAUACGUGGGUGGAGGCUGGAGAUUGCUUAGCUGAUAAUGCAGCAACAGCGAAAGGUGAAUUAGCUUUAGGUCGUAAUAUUUUAAUUGGUUAUAUGCCCUGGGAGGGUUAUAACUUUGAAGAUGCCGUGCUGGUCAGUGAACGUUUAGUUUAUGACGAUGUAUUUACAUCGAUUCAUAUUAGUCGAUAUGAAGUUUCUACUGCUCGUUUACGAGAAGGGCAAGAAUACUUUACUAAUCAAGUUGAUCGUAAUCAAUAUUUAGAUGAGUUUGGAGUUGUUAAGAUUGGAACGUGGGUCGAGGCUGGUGAUGUAUUAGUCGGGAAAAUUUCACCUCAACCGGAUUCCGAUAAUGAUCCGGAAAGUCGUUUAUUACGUGCAAUUUUUGGUGGUGUCGCUCGUAAUACGAAAACUACUUCAUAUUGUUUAUCAAGUGGAGUAAGUGGCCGAAUUCUUGAUGUUCGCUGUGAAUUUAAGCGUCAAACAAAAAAUAUUGAAGAUGAAAGCAUUGAAUCAACUGGUUCUGUGUACGUUUAUCUUGUAGAAAAACGUCGUUUACAGGUAGGUGAUAAGGUUGCUGGUCGCCACGGAAAUAAAGGUAUUGUUUCUAAUAUUUUACCGCGAGUUGAUAUGCCGUAUCUACAAAGUGGUAAAGCCCUUGAUAUGGUAUUAAACCCUCUUGGUGUACCGUCGCGUAUGAAUGUGGGGCAAAUCUUUGAAUGCUUACUUGGUUUAGCAGCGAAUACCUUAAAACAAAAUUUCAAAGUUUUACCAUUUGAUGAAAUGCACGGGGCAGAAGUUUCACGUGGUUUUGUUUACCAUUAUUUGUAUAAAUCACGUUUAUUGACACAACAAAAAUGGUUGUUUAAACCCAAUUCACCAGGAAAAAGUAUCGUGUUUGAUGGUCGAACUGGUUUAAAUUUUGAUCAACCCGUUACCGUUGGGUACCCGUAUAUUUUAAAACUUGUUCACUUAGUUGAUGACAAGAUUCAUGCGAGAUCAACUGGACCUUAUUCAUUAGUAACACAACAGCCUUUAGGUGGACGUUCUAAGAAGGGUGGACAACGCUUAGGUGAAAUGGAAGUUUGGGCACUUGAAGGAUUUGGUGCUGCUUAUGUUUUACAGGAAUUAUUAACGAUUAAAUCUGACGAUAUGAUCGGGCGAAACCGUGCGUUUAUGUCUAUGAUUCGUGGAACGCUUUUGCCAAAAUCCGGAAUCCCAGAAUCUUUUAAAGUCCUUGUAUCAGAAUUACGUGGAUUAUGUCUCGAUAUGAGUAUUGCACGUAUUAACUUUUAA